AUGAAAAAUCUCAAUUUACCUUGGAAUAUUGCUGAAGAAACGUGGAAUGCAUGUUGGGAAAUAGUAUCAAAACCAAAUUGUACUUCUAUACAAAAUUCAAAUACAAAAAAUAUACUAAAAUCUACGAAUGGUGGUGGGGGAUAUUCAGAUACUGAAAUAAUUGCGUGCAAAAAACGGACUAAUUCUCCAAAUAUCCAUGAGUGUGCAUCACAAAAUGAUUUAAGAUCGUAUUAUCAAAAUGGUGAUUCAUCUGCUGUACAUCAAGCCAAAACAAUUAAAGAUUUAAUGUUGCCGAUAAAGUCAAAACAAAAACAAAAUAGAAACGAUAAAAAUAACUAUUCUGUAUGGAGAAAAAUAGAAAUACCAUCAAAAUUAUUCGAUUUCAUGGCGUGUACAGCUAGUCCAACAAUUCCAUUAUUACGUUUACAUUAUGAAAUUGUUCAAUUUGAGGAAUUUAUUAAACCAAAAUGUGAAGAAGCCUAUGUACGACAACAAGUUGUCGAUCGAAUCAAAAGUGUUAUUCAUGAACAUGUUCCAAAUGCAAUUCUAUAUUUACCUCGCAGUGAUCUUGAUCUUUUGGUUUACUCUGUUGAUCAACGUAAUUGGAAAGAUGAUGAAUUAUAUUCAUUAAUGAAAACUUUAAAAGAUGCAUUUUGUAAAUGUGGCAUUAGUACUGAAGGAAAUAUAAAUGUUCUUAAUUAUGCAUCAACACCUAUUAUCAAAUUAGUUGAUAAUGAAACAGAACUUAGAGUUGAUAUGAGUUUUAAUAUGAAUAAUGGUGUUCGAAGUGCACAUUUAAUUUCGAAAUAUUUGAAAGAAUUUCCAUUGUUGCGUUAUCUUGUAUUUGUUUUAAAACAAUAUCUUGUUCAACACGAUCUCAAUGAAGUUUGGACGGGAGGAAUUAGUUCUUAUAGUCUUAUUCUUAUGCUAGUCAAUUUUUUUCAGCUUCAUUGCAACCCUGAUAUUGAGCAAUUUCAUAUGAAUCUUGGUGAUUUACUGAUUCGUUUUCUUGAAUUAUAUGGACUUGUUUUUAACUAUGGAAAAUUUGGUAUCAAAGUACAAACAUCUGAUGUAUCAAAUAAACGCAAUGGAUAUAUACCAAAAGAUGAACUAUUUACAAAAUUCAAUUGUGGACAUCGAUCAACAGGUCUUUUAUGUAUUGUUGAUCCAUUUAAUGAAAAUAAUGAUAUUGGCAAAGCAUCGUAUAAAACAGUUGAAAUAAAAAAUGCAUUUCGAAAUGCGUUUGAUAAACUACAGAAUGCUGUGAAUCCAACAAAUCCCGUAGUUGAUAAAUCGCGAAGUAUAUUGGGUCAGAUUAUAGUCAUUGAUGAUGAUCUGAUAAAGUAUCGAAAACGUCUACACAAUUAUUUUCAUACAAAACUGGCACCACAAAUGAUCAUACCAGUUGCACAGCAGCAACAGCAAUCAUAUUCUAUGUGUUCCACAAUACCAAAAAAUGGAGUACAUCGUCACUUCCCGAAUAAUCAAGCAUUGAAAAUAGCAACCACUUUGAUCCCAGACCAUCAUUCUCAUCAAUCUAAGUCAGAAACAUCACAACCACAAACAAAUGGAAAUGAUGUCAAAAGUCUUUCAUCACGUUAUACAACGAGUACUGAUAGUUCCCGUGCACAAUCAACAUCGUCAUCCAAUAAUACAUCGUCAAGCUCCAGUAUAACAAGUGAUUCUGACAAUGAAACUCGUGAUCGUUCGCAACAACGCUUAGAUAAAACUGUCGUUAGUUCAUCUUCGUUAUCUAUAAAUAGUGAUAUCAAUAAUAAAUUUGAUGAUGCAAAUAAUUCAAGCAGUGAAACACCAAGAGUCAAUGAUACAAUUGUGAAUAAACGUAUUUUAAUUAAUGGUAAUCAAACAGAUGAUGAUUAUGAUAGUGAAAAGACACCGACUGCAGCUUUAAAAGAACUACCUGAAACAUCGACAACAACAACGACCAACAGCACGGAAACAGAUUGUUCUACAUUAAUUUCACCACAUUCAUCAACACCAUCACCUAUACCGCCAUUUAUGAAUAUAGCAGCUGCCACACAAACGAUUGAUGACAAAGGGCUAUUUGAAAAACAACAUCAGAAUUAUCAUUUGCCAUCACAUUAUCCUCAACAUCAGUAUUACUCAAACAACACAAACGGCAAUUAUUCUCAUGUUAAUAAUAAUCGAAAAUAUUAUCAAAAUGGCGCUGGUGGUGGCGGUGGUGGUGGCGGAGGAGGAGGGUGGCGAGAACCGUCGUAUCCUCUUCGUAAACAACAUCAAACAUCUCGUCGACAUCCCAAAAAUGGUGAAACACAUCCACAUAGGACUAAUAGUUAUUUUCGACAACAGCAAUCCCAAAACAAUAAUAAUUAUCAUCUUCGAAAUAAUUUGCCAGAUUUAAUAUCGCCCUACAUUCAGUCACAAUCACAAACAACGAAUACAACGAAUUCGUCAUCAUCAUCAACGUUAUCAUCUCAACAACGUUUGUCCCAAAAUUACUCUCAUUAA